AUGGGUUUAGCAGCAAGUUCGGGACAUGAUAAUGACGAUUUAAUAGAUAAACUUAUUGAUGCUAACAUUGUUGUUACUCAUCGCGUUGAAACUGCUUUAAGAUUGGUUGACCGUCGUAGGUUUUUUCCGGUUGAAGGCAGAUAUAUAGCAUAUAAGGAUUUGGCUUGGAAAAGUGAAUUUGGGUCUCCUGGACGUAUACACAUUUCUGCUCCAUGUAUAUAUGGCAAUGUUUUGGAAUGCUUAGAUCUGCGUGAAGGCAAUAGUUUUCUCAAUGUUGGUUCUGGUACGGGUUAUCUAAGUACAGUUGCUGGGUAUUUAUUAGGUAGCAGUGGUACGAAUCAUGGUGUUGAAAUUCAUUCAAAUAUUGUAGACUACGCUCGUGCAUUAGUUGUCGAGACAUUGCAUUGCCCGGAAACGCAAUGUUACGAUUGGGCAAUUCCGGAAUUUGCUUGUGGUAAUGGAUUGCAUCUUAGCCCAUCUCAUUAUAGUAAAUAUGAUCGUGUAUACUGUGGUGCUGCUGUUCCGCCGUCGCAUCGGCGAAUCCUCUGGGAAUUGUUGAAAAUUGAUGGUAUUCUUGUGAUGCCUUAUGAGGAUCAGUUAUUGCAAGUACGUCGUCAAACACUGAAUGUGUUCGAAGUCAAAAUUAUUACGUCUGUUUCGUUUUCGGAUUUCAUACCGCCCACUGAAGAGGAAACUUCGAAAGAGCUCUACUCGAAUGCUCCACCGUUCAGAUCGAUUCAUACAUUGCAGUUCCUUUGUGCUUUAUCUAUUCGUAAAAUUAUUCGUUCCGCAGUUGCUGUAAAUCAUAAAAUACAUAUUCGAAAUUUUGUUGAUCAACAACCGCAAAGAAUACCUGAAAAUCAUGUCAUCGUCGAAUUUCGCGAUGGUGAACAUCCAGUGGGACAACGUGCACACUACGAAAAUCAUCAACUGCCAUUUCGUGAAUUAGCCAUCGUUAGAGCAGAUUUUGUUGGUGAUGAUGAAAAUGAAGAUAAUGAUGUGGUGGAAGAGGCAGAUCCGGAUCGAAGAAGACGUUUGGUUCGUGAAAGAUUCCGAAUGGUGUGGUUUCGGCACCAUCUUCGUGCACACAUUGCUAAUCGAAUAGUGAGAAGACGUCGUCCACUUGAAGCGGAAACGCACGGAGGAGAUGAAGAUGAUCAAAACAGUGAUGUUGACAUUGUUGACGGGAAUGAAAAUUCUGAAUAUAAUGGUUCGGGUUCAUUGUCCGCAGCUACUAGUGAUCCUACUGAUACGUCGGUAGAUACUACUGAAUCGUACAGUGAUAGUGCCUCAACAACAAAUCGCUCAAAAAAACGGUCAUUUAUGGAACACGAAGGUGAAAGAAAUUUGAGUGCUAAACGACGCAAUGAUGAUGACGAUGGUUGCACAGAUAAAGAAACGAUGGAAACUGAUUUUGUAAAUAAUGAUUGUAGGGCGCAAAAUAUUCGAAAACAAGACCUGCCGGAUAAAAGUAGAUCAGGUAGUGAAUCUAUGGUAGCUGUCGUUACUCAGGAAACACUAGCGGAACCGAAAAGGAGCGUUAAUCCAAAAAAUGAGAAAAACGUAUCUGAAUAUCGUGAAGAAGCGCAAAAUUCUAACGAUUUUAAAUUUGCUGAAAGGGCAGUAAAAAAUAAUGAAACCGUGAGUCACUGGACUGAAGAAAUGGUAGAGCAGCUGCAGGAUUUGCAGAGAAAAGAAGCUGGAAUGGAGAAUAUUUCGAAACACAAAGAAAGCAAUGUUUGUUCAAACCUUCGAGAUCAAGGCAUCAAUUCCUCUGAUUGUAAUCAUGAUCAAGAUUAUGGGCAGAAUUGUAGCAGAUCUAUCAAUCGAUCGAUUCAAGUCCAAAGUUCGAAAACUCAGAGUGAAGCAAACGAUAAAAAGUGGGUUACGAAUCAUACAAGUAGUAACACACUUCGUACGAAAUCUGAUAAAACGGAAGAUAUUUUGGAAGCAAAUCGGGAAUUUUCCACCUCCCCUAGAGAUCUUAGCUCGAAGGAUGACGAAUUCAUGUGGCAAAAUAACAGAUUAUACAAAAAUAAAAUAGAAACCAAAUCUGCAGGACGAUAUGACUCGAAAAAUGAAGUUGAAGAUUUGAUAGAUGCAUGCAAUUCUUCGAGUAAAUCGGAAAUUUUGAAAACCUCACAUAGUGAGUUGGAAUCAGAUAAUCGCCAUCUGGUUACAAACAUCAAAGAAAAGGAAAACUCUGAUGAUGAUCAUGACUACGACGAUGUUGACGAUGUUGAUGAUGAUGAUGAUGAUGAUGAUGAUGAUGAUGAUGUUAGUGAUGAAGAUGUUGAGGAGGAUGGUGGUGAUGAUAACGAUGAUGAUGGCAAUGCCAAUAGUAGUUCGGGCGAUGCCGAAGAUCGGGAAAAUGACCCGGAAUAUAGCAGUGAUAAUCCGCGCUGUGAUGCUAGCUCCCGGCAUGAAAAUCGACUAUAUUUGGCUGCUCGUCAUACAGCACAAAGUAUGAUUAUUGCAGCUGGUGGUCAGACUUAUAAUCAAAGCCCUCGAAAUGGCGUUGAAAGCGAUUCAAGUAGUAAUGAGUAUCAUGAUGCUAUGGAUGAUGAAUCUAUGUCUCGUCGUAGACAUGAUACUGAAGAUGAACCGCAAACAGAAGAGGAAAAGAAACGUGAAGAAGCAAGGUUGGAGGAACGUGGGCGGCAAUUCAGUGAUAUCUGUACAUUCGCUUCUCUAUUCGAAUGCAGAAUAAUGGAAUUACCGUUAAACCGUGCUCUCAAAGAGUAUAUCAAAUGCCUUUCCUAA